CAAAAGAAGAAGAAACAGAUAAAACAGAGUAGAAAAGAUGUCAAAAGAAGAGGUUGUUCUUUUGGAUUUCUGGGUUAGCCCAUUUUGCUUGAGGGUGAAAAUUGCGUUGGCUGAGAAAAACGUGGCUGUCGAAUGCAGACAGGAGGAUUUGUUUGGGGGGAAGAGCGAUCUACUGCUAAAGUCCAACCCCAUUCACCAAAAAGUACCCGUUUUUUUACACAAUGGAAAGCCAUUGUGUGAGUCCGUCAACAUUGUCAGCUACAUUGAUGAGACAUGGCCUUCUCCACCAUUACUGCCAUCUUGUGCGUAUGACCGAGCCCAGGCUAGGUUUUGGGUCGACUUCAUUGAAAAGAAGGUAUUCAAUGAGGGCAACGCUACAUGGAUGACCAAAGGAGAGGAACAAGAGGUGGCAAAGAAGGGCUUCAUAGAGAUUCUAAAGCAAUUGGAGGGAGCAUUGGGGGACAAGGACUACUUUGGUGGGGAUGUCUUUGGAUUUGUUGACAUCAUAUUGGUCCCACUCACCUCUUGGUUUGAUGCAUAUGAGAAACUAGGGGGUAUCAAGGUUGAAGAUCAUUGCCCCAAAUUCAAAGCUUGGAUGAAGAGGUGCAUGCAGAGAGAGAGUGUUGCCAAACUUCUUCCAAGUUCAGAUAAGGUCUAUGAGUUUAUCAUUAACAUGAAGAAGAUGAAUGGCAUUGAAUAGGGUGGAUUGCAAUCCAUGGAUGAAUUCACUUGCUCAUUUGGUGUGUGGUUGUGUUUUUAGAGUCAUUGUGUCUCGCCGAGUAAUGUCAGAGUUUUUAAAAUAUCAUACCUAAAUUUAUUUACACUAAUAUGGGAAGGAUUAAGUUUUAGUUGGUUUAUUUCUAAACAAAUCAACAAUAAUGAUUCAUGUUAUUGGGGAUAAAUUUAGAGGUGAUAUUUUAAGGGUUUUAAACAUUUUCAGUCUAUUUCCAUAGGAAAAUAAUAAGGGGGAAAAUAAUCAUUUUCCUCGAUCUUCCUUAGAGAACAUAAGGUGGAAAAUGGCUAGUUUAGCUAGCUUGUUCUUUUGGACAGAUCGCUGUGUCUCGUGGUUUGUUUCCCUUGGUUUUAAUUCAAUAAUCAUGGCUCAUUUGGCAUCCAUAUAUGCAAGUCUUUUUCUCUUUU